UUUUCUAUUUUCUUUUUCUUUAUAAUUUUCUUUUUUCUCUUCUUCCCUCUCCCGCUUCUCAGUUAUCAGUCACCGGUUCUCUCUCUAAAACAAAAAUCAGGCCUCUUCGCCGCCGCCUCUCCCUUCCUAAGAUCCGGCAACUCUUCGCCGUCGACCCCCCUCAUCUCUCUAUCCAAUUUCUCUCCCCCUUGCUCUCUCUCACUAACUCGGCCGUCCGGCGAGAUAUUACCGGCACCGCCGCUUCCCGCCUCCUACGGUCGCGCGUGGGCACGACCCGCCUUGGAGCCUCCGUCCUAGCGCUGCAAGCAGUGGUGCGCGACUGCGCCGCGCCGCCGCCCUCGCCUAGAAAUUUCACUGCAACAGAUUAUAAACAUAGAGAAAUGCUGGCUUUAGGCACCGCUUCCGCAGUUUCUACCAGCGCCACCGUCACCUCCUCACUUGUCAGCGCAGGCCACCAGCUGCAAAGUGUCGCCUGCACAUCCUCCUCGGUUUUUCACCCCAUCGCUGCCUUUCCGUCGCACCAAUUGUCUGCGACCACUUCACAUAACUUAAAUUCGUUUCGAGUUAAGGGGAUGGCAGAAACUCUUUCAACUCCGAAGAUGGAAUCCAAGCCCACACUUUCUGGAAAGAAGCAGGCGUUGAUAUCACUGUCAGACAAGAAGGAUUUAUCUUUGCUUGGUGUUGGGCUACAGGAACUGGGAUUCACAAUUGUUUCAACGGGAGGAACAACAUCGGCUUUAGAAGGUGCUGGUGUGGCUGUUACCAAGGUGGAGGAGCUAACUCGAUUCCCUGAAAUGCUUGAUGGCCGUGUAAAAACUUUACAUCCUAAUGUUCAUGGAGGUAUUCUUGCAAGAAGAGAUCAAGAGUCUCACAUGGAAGCCUUGAAUAAUCAUGGAAUCGGUACAUUUGAUGUAGUAGUUGUGAACUUAUAUCCCUUCUAUGACAAAGUUUCCGCUUCUACUGGGAUUUCUUUUGAAGAUGGAAUUGAGAACAUUGAUAUUGGUGGACCUGCCAUGAUAAGAGCAGCCGCAAAGAAUCAUCAGGAUGUUUUGGUUGUAGUUGACUCCAGUGAUUACCCUGAACUCCUAGGGUAUCUCAAAGAAGGGCAGAACGACGAGCAAUUCCGAAGAAGGCUAGCCUGGAAGGCUUUUCAGCAUGUUGCUUCGUAUGAUGCUGCUGUUUCAGAAUGGUUGUGGAAGCAGACUGGGGGAGAUAAAUUUCCUCCCAGCCUGACUGUACCUUUGUCCCUCAAGAGUUCGCUUCGGUAUGGUGAAAACCCUCAUCAGGAGGCUGCAUUUUAUAUUGAUAAGUCUCUUGCAGAGGUCAAUGCUGGUGGCAUCGCAACUUCUAUUCAACACCAUGGUAAGGAAAUGUCAUAUAAUAACUAUUUAGACGCAGAUGCAGCAUGGAAUUGUGUGUGUGAGUUUAGUAAGCCGACCUGUGUGGUUGUGAAGCACACAAAUCCCUGUGGAGUAGCAUCUCGUGAUGAUAUCAUUGAAGCUUAUAGGCUGGCUGUCAAAGCUGAUCCCGUUAGUGCUUUUGGUGGCAUUGUUGCCUUCAAUGUUGAAGUUGACGAGGCUCUUGCAAAAGAUAUUAGAGAGUUUAGGAGUCCAACAGAUGGUGAAACUCGUAUGUUUUAUGAGAUUGUCGUUGCUCCUAAAUAUACUAAGAAGGGGCUCGAAGUACUUCGUGGGAAGUCCAAAACAUUGAGAAUCCUUGAGGCAAGUAAAAAUAUCAAAGGAAAGCUGUCCCUUAGACAAGUCGGUGGUGGGUGGUUAGCACAGGACGCAGAUGAUCUGACUCCAGAAGAUAUCGACUUCAAUGUUGUUUCUGAAAAGGCUCCACUUGAAAACGAGCUUCUUGAUGCGCAAUUUGCCUGGCUUUGUGUCAAGCAUGUGAAGAGCAAUGCUAUUGUUAUCGCCAAGAAUAAUUGUAUGCUAGGUAUGGGGAGUGGGCAGCCAAACCGUCUCGAGAGUUUGAGAAUAGCAAUGAGGAAAGCAGGGGACGAACUCAAGGGAGCUGCAUUGGCAAGCGAUGCUUUCUUCCCAUUCGCGUGGAAUGAUGCUGUUGAAGAAGCGUGUAAAAGUGGGAUUGGCUUUAUUGCUGAGCCUGGGGGGAGCAUCAGGGACGUCGACGCGAUCGAUUGCUGCAACAAGUAUGGAGUUGCACUUGCCUUCACCAAUGUCAGGCACUUCAGGCAUUGAUCAUCUCUUUCUUAUUUAUCAUUACCUACUCUUUUCCUUUUCUUGGGAUUGUUUGAAAUGAUGAGACAUGUUCAUGGAGUUUUGAAAAAUCCAAGCAUCUCAGAGACAGAGAGAAAGGUAGGAAUUUCUUGAAAAAUCCAAACAUCUCAGAGAUAGAGAGAGAGGUAGGAAUUUCUCGAGCGAACCGUGCUUGAAAUGUCUAACUAUUUAUAGAUGAAAUGAUGCAUUUGACAUUGAAAAA